AUGGCAUAUCCUAAUACCCCUUCUCGCGGCCCACGACCUCAGCAACAACCACCAUACAUUCAACCAGGCCCUGCACCCCAGCCAAAUGUGCCGGCUCCAGAUUACUCUUCCAAUGACCCCGGCCGACCAAUACGUGAGGCCUUGCGAGGCAAAUCCCCCCCAUGGAUCGACCCAUCUGCGCCGCCUUAUCCACCUCCCCGUAAAAUGGCUCCGCUGAAAAAGACUAGCCAGUCCCGUAAAGAUCCGCCAGCACUGGCACCGAGGCCGGUCCAACCGGGGCAAAGCCGCAGUGGGCUUGAGGUCUAUCGUCGGGGAAGCGAGGCCCUCGCCGAAGCACAAGCAAGAGCUAAUGCUGAUCUCCUGGCUCAACAACAGUCUCUUCCUCCGCAAACGUACGGUCGUAUUCUCCCCCAAACAGGUCGCGGCGAGGCUGAGCGAGGCAUGUACGCGACUGCCGAUCCUAGGGCGUACCAGGCUCAGGAUGAGAACCUAUACCAUCUUGGAGAUGAGGGUUUCAGUAGGGUGAUUCCCGUUUCUGGCGUUCGCUCAGUAGUUUGCUUGCUUGCAUGCCUCGUGUUGCGGUCUUGGGAAUUGGUACGAAUGAAACAUCAGUUUGCUCAGAGCAGCUCGUGUAUCUCCAGUGUGACUUCAAUUUUGCAAUCUGCCCAAUCUCACUGCGGUAUUUGCACGCUUUGCCCUCAGGACAUGCGAGUGUAUAGGCAGCCUUUCUUGGACUCUAGCCUCCUUCUUCGAACAUCAUCCUCCAACCGCGUCAAGUCCCUUAAGCUCAACGAGUAUUCCACGACACACCUCACCCCACGAACCCGUUGCACUCAACAUCUGCAAGGUCUCUUCAGGUCGACCAUGCCUCCUAUCCAGCAGAAGAAGAAGAAAAGCUCUGGCCAAGGCCAAUCAGGGUACCCAAAAACACAACCGGGCUCCUCCUUCACAGGCCAGAGCUCGAGCCAGCAGCCCGCCCCGUCGAACCAGAAUAUCCCUCCUGGCGGCGUCAGUGGCAAUCCAGCACAGCCUCCUCUGCCACGUCUAAAAAUACGCCCUCAAAAAGCGAUCAAAGUGUACGAAUGCGAAGGAGAAGACGACGCUGUGACGAAGGUAACAACAUACGACUACUCGAAACGCAAAGAAAGCAUUCAGACGCAGAAGUUCGAACCGACUUCCCAGGGAAACGACCCUUCGCUCACGGUCACGGUGACCACGGAGGACGAUGCUGUCCAAGAAGAGCAUUACUACCCGAAGGGCCGCCCAAGGCAGAAGUUGGAGCCUGUCGAUGUGACAGGAAGGCCUAUCCCUCGACCACGUCGUAAUCCUAAGCGAGUGAUUGAGGACAAUCUGAAGGAAGGUACUAGAAAGCAGACCCCGUAUUGGCAGGGUCAGCCAGUGCCGAAGGACACAGAUGAAGAACAAGGGGAGUCAAGCUUUGGAGUCCGACGUGGAGUCCCACAGACACGGGUCGAUGUGGGGGAGCCGGAGGAUUAUGAUCCUGACCCUGGUUUCUAUGGCGAUGAUAGCUGGGAUUACCAGCAGCUGCGUCGUUGA